CAAUGCGCCCUGACGCUCGGGUGAUUCGCCGAGACGGCCUAUGCGCGUCGUUCUGAUGCAACGUCCGAGUCGAGGAAUCCUCCGGUGCACGUUGGGGUGAUAAGGCAGCAGUGCGUUGCAGGCGAUGUCCUUGGAGGUGACCGGGCCGACCGCAGGGAUGGUACUAGAGCUCUAUGUCUCGGAUCGAGAGGGAAAUGAUGCUACAGGUGAUGGAACCAAGGAGAAACCUUUUAAAACAGGUCUAAAGGCUUUGAUGACGGUAGGAAAAGAGCCCUUUCCCACCAUUUACAUAGAUUCACAAAAAGAAAAUGAGAGGUGGGAUGUUAUUUCUAAAUCACAGAUGAAGAACAUUAAAAAAAUGUGGCAUAGGGAACAAAUGAAGAGUGAAUCCCGGGAAAAGAAAGAGGCAGAAGACAAUUUGCGAAGAGAAAAGAACCUGGAAGAAGCAAAGAAAAUUACCAUCAAAAACGAUCCAAGUCUCCCAGAGCCAAAAUGUGUGAAGAUUCAUGCACUGGAAGGAUACAGAGGCCAAAGAGUAAAGGUAUUUGGCUGGGUCCACAGGCUGCGUAGGCAAGGAAAGAAUUUAAUGUUCCUAGUGUUGCGGGAUGGUACGGGUUAUCUUCAAUGUGUCUUGUCGGAUGACUUGUGUCAGUGUUACAAUGGAGUAGUCUUGGCCACCGAGAGUAGCGUUGCAGUCUAUGGGAUGCUAAAUCUGACUCCAAAGGGCAAGCAGGCUCCCGGUGGCCAUGAGCUGAGCUGUGACUUCUGGGAACUGAUCGGGUUGGCCCCUGCCGGAGGAGCUGAUAACCUGAUCAACGAGGAGUCGGAUGUUGAUGUCCAGCUCAACAACCGACACAUGAUGAUCCGGGGAGAAAACAUGUCCAAGAUCCUGAAAGCACGUUCCGUGGUCACUAGGUGCUUUCGAGAUCACUUCUUUGAUAGGGGAUACUAUGAAGUUACUCCUCCAACGUUAGUGCAAACACAGGUGGAAGGUGGUGCUACGCUCUUCAAGCUGGACUAUUUUGGGGAAGAGGCAUUUUUGACUCAGUCCUCUCAGUUGUACCUCGAGACCUGCAUUCCGGCUCUGGGAGAUGUGUUUUGUAUUGCACAGUCAUACCGGGCGGAACAGUCCAGAACACGAAGGCACCUGGCUGAAUACACACACGUGGAAGCAGAGUGCCCUUUCCUGACCUUUGAGGAGCUCCUGAAUCGAUUGGAGGACUUGGUUUGUGAUGUGGUGGACAGAGUCUUGAAAUCACCUGCAGCAAGCAUAGUGCGCGACCUCAACCCGAACUUCAAGCCCCCCAAACGGCCUUUUAAGCGAAUGAACUAUUCAGAUGCUAUUGUGUGGCUGAAAGAACACGACAUAAAGAAAGAAGAUGGAACUUUCUAUGAAUUUGGAGAGGUAUGUAUUGCUUUCUAAUUGUUGUUUCAAAGG